AUGAAAGGUGAGAGAGGAAAUCAAGAAAUCCCGGGAAAAGAAGGCAUUGGAGGAGAAAAAGGAACUGAAGGAAUACCCGGAAAACAAGGCGAACAAGGUCCAAUUGGGCCACCGGGAGUUCCAGGUCUAACGGCAAAGGGAAACGAUGGCAUUAAAGGAAAUCUAGGAUUUCCAGGAAUUCCGGGAAUCGACGGUAUUCAAGGAGAAAAAGGAUCUGAAGGAAUACCCGGAAAACACGGCGAACAAGGUCCAAUUGGGCCACCGGGAGUUCCAGGUCUAACGGGACCAAAGGGAAACGAUGGCAUUAAAGGUGAAAAAGGAGAACUAGGAUUUCCAGGAAUUCCAGGUCAAAAGGGAGGUGCUGGCAUACCAGGACGAUGGGGAAACGAUGGAUCACCUGGUAUUAAAGGUGAAAAAGGAGAACCAGGAUUUCCAGGAAUUUCAGGAAACGACGGUAUUAAAGGAGAAAAAGGAUCUGAAGGAAUACCCGGAAAACACGGCGAACAAGGUCCAAUUGGGCCACAGGGAGUUCCAGGUCUACCGGGACCAAAGGGAAACGAUGGCAUUAAAGGUGAAAAAGGAGAACCAGGAUUUCCAGGAAUUCCAGGUCAAAAGGGAAAUCUAGGAUUUCCAGGAAUUCCGGGAAUCGACGGUAUUCAAGGAGAAAAAGGAUCUGAAGGAAUACCCGGAAAACACGGCGAACAAGGUAAAAUUGGGCCACCGGGAUUUCCAGGUCUAACGGGACGAAAGGGAGACGAUGGAACACCUGGUAUUAAAGGUGAAAGAGGAAAACAAGGACUUCCAGGUUUUCCUGGAAUUGCUGGUAUACCAGGAUUAAACGGAGAUGAUGGAAUACCUGGUAUUAAAGGAGAAAAGGGACAGAAAGGAGAGCGAGGCGAUUUUGAACGACCGAUAGAAAACGUUCCAUUAAAAGAUUGUGUAUUUGAGAAAAUUGAAAAUCUAUAAACUUUUCAAAUACCAGAGGAUUUUAGGGGUAAACCUUUCUUUUUAAUGAUGGAUCCACUUCAAGAGGAAACCGAAAAGGAAUUUACUAUUUUCUUAAGAGAUUUUUCUACAAAUUAUAACAAUGUCACAGAAUAUAGAUUUAAUACAAAAAACGAAUAUGAAUUUCUCAAGAAUUAUACUUUAAAUGAAAAUAUUGGCUUUUUCGGCACUGUUUACAAUAGAAGCUAUUUCAGUCGACAUAAACAAGAAAGAAAAUUUGCGAAAUACAAUUUCGAGACAAACGAAUUGACGUCAGGAAAUGUGACUCCUGACUUAUUUCAAACAAGUCUAUUUUUGUCUUUUGUAUUGUUUUUUCCAGAGGAGAAUUAUCUUUGGGCAAUGUACGAAACAAAUUAUUCUGAUUCAAAAAUAUAUUAUCAUCUGUUAAAAAUUGAUCCACGGAGUUUAGAAAUUGUCUUCAGCAAGUCUGUAAAUUUUCACGAAUGUAGAACAGAAAAUAUAUUGAUUACAUUUGGCAGGAUUUACUGCGUCGACAUCAAGGAGCAGAAAAUUGAUUUAUUGCAGGAUAUAUACGAAAGGAAAAAUCGAAAAA